AUGCGUCUCCACCUCGUCAUCCAGCGUCACGGACUGCCGGUGACGCGCAUUCUUUGGACGACCGCGCCGCCCUCGCUGUUCGGUCAGAAUGCGCCCGGUACCUCGGCCGUCAUCCCUGCCGCCUCGUCUGCCAUCACGUCGACGCGCACCCCUAAUGCGCUGUAUGCGAACGGCGGCUAUACCAUUGCGCAGCUCCUGGAGGAUGUCAACGGCGUGAUCCCUCUGGAGACCGAGCCGGCAUUGUUCGACAGUGAAUGUAGUGGGCAAUGGGGCCUAGAAGACUACGUGGUUGAGGUGGCGGGCUCAGAAUGUCUGCAUUUCAUGGAAGUUGAAGGUCUCCUCAGAGAUGGGGACGAAGUCUUGUGA